AGUUCUACGCUAUUCGAUACUGUACAGCGUGACAACUAUUUUCGUUUAACAUAUGUGUGCUAGUAUUUUAACACUACUGGCGAACAAACUCCUCUUAAGGUGCAUUUGAAAACGAACAGGAGCUGACUCGAUAAAGGAACGCGCGAGGUCAUGAAUCUGGCAGGCGUGGUCGUGGGCUGGACCACCCUGCAAUAAACGUCAAAAAACGGGAUGCGGAGCUCUAAGAAAUCACGGACCCAAACAAUACCAUUCACACCGGAAAACAAGACUAAUUAGCGAUUGCUUGUGCACGCGCCUGUUUUUAAACAUUAGCUUGCGGUAUUAUAUGGUGACUGCGUGCAUAAAGGACAAAGAGGAGAGGAUGCUACUGUAAGCACUCUCACCAGGCCCUGCUUUGCCUAUCCUUUCUUUUUAGCUAGUUUUUCUUUCCUUUCCUCUCUGAUACACUGGGAAAAAGAAGAUGAGUAACUCUCCCAGCCCUAAAGGGACUCCGGUCCUGCAUAGUCCAGUAGAUGGGGAGUGUCUGGAGUCAGAACUGGUCCAGUCUCCCCAGCAGUCAACACCAUCCAGCAGCCUCAAGAAACGUGUAUCCAGUCUCCUGCAAAGCCCUUCGUUUAGAGAGGAGCUAGAUGUGUUGAUUCAGGAGCAGAUGAAGAAAGAAGGAAGUUCUUCCAGUCUGUGGGCUCUUAGACAGAUCGCUGACUUCAUGGCAACUCACGGAUCUCCAGCCGCUCUGCCUAUCACUCAAUCCACCGUUAACAUGGUAACCCCCAUUAACGACCUGCACGGAUGGGAGCCAAGCUCAAUGGUGAAGGGUGAGAGACUGAUGCGUUGUAAGCUGGCUAGUGUACACCGGCUGGUGGAUCUGUACGGUUGGGCCCAACUUGCCAACACAUGCCUCACAAUGCGCGUUAGUAAAGAGCAGGAACAUUUCCUGGUGUUGCCAGUUGGUCUGGUCUGUGGGGAGGUGACUGCAUCCAGUCUGGUGAAGGUGAACAUUCUCGGUGAGGUGGUAGAGAAAGGCAGUACUAUUCUGGGAGUUGAUAUACUUGCAUUCAGUCUGCAUUCUGCAAUCUACUCGGCACGACCAGACGUCCGCUGUCUCCUGCACCUCCACACUCCAGCCACAGCUGCGGUGUCAGCCAUGAAAUGUGGCCUACUACCUCUAUCCCAUGAGGCUUUGCUGGUAGGUGAGGUAGCUUAUUAUGACUAUAACGGAGUGAUGGAGGAGGAAGAGGAUAGAGUCGAGCUCCAGAAGAGCCUAGGACCGACAUGCAAGGUGUUGGUAUUGAGGAAUCAUGGUAUCGUGGCCUUGGGAGAAUCAGUGGAGGAGGCCUUUUACACAAUCUACCACAUCCAGACUGCCUGUCAAAUACAGGUGGCAGCACUGUGCAGCGCUGGAGGAGAACAAAACCUAAUCAUGCUGGACCGCAACAUCCACAAGCCUGUUGCCACAGGCACUGUGGGUUGGGCCGGAUCCACAUUCGGCCCCAUGCAUAAAAGCAGGCUAGGAGAACAUGAGUUUGAAGCACUGAUGAGAACACUGGACAAUCUGGGUUACCGUACAGGAUAUGCCUACCGUUUCCCAGUGCUGUUGGAGCGCUCAAGAACCAGGAGAGAGGUGGAAGUUCCUGCCACAGUUUCAUCAUUUUCCUAUAAUGAAGAUGGUGUUCACCACCACCCAUGUCUCAAUCCCCAUGCCCAGAGACAACAGCAGAAGACAAGGUGGCUGAACACCCCAAAUGUCUAUCAGAAAGUCAACCAGGACCAGGCCAGCCCGGGACCUCGGACUACGUGGCAGAGAGCAGAAGAAAUGUCCCAGGGCAGUGGGAGAGCUAUUAAAAUAGAGAAUCCAAACCAGUUUGUUCCUCUUUUCACUAACCCCCAGGAGGUGCUUGAAACUAGGAAUAAGAUAAGGGAGCAGAAUCGUCAGGACAUGAAAACAGCAGGACCGCAGUCUCAGGUGUUAGCUAGCGUCAUCACAGACAACAGCCCUCCAACUCCAGAGGAGGUGGAGCCCAAACCCCCUGCCACACCGGAUCCUCCAAAUCCUUUUAACGAGCUGACGGAUCAGGAGCUGGAUGAGUACCGCAAAGAGGUGCAACGCAAGCAACUUCGGUAUGAGUCAGGAAUUGAGGAGGUGGUGAAUGACACGGGGACUCCCCCGACUACCUCCCCCAUAAAGACCCUCCCAUCAGAUGGAAAAACCACAGACGCCGUGCAGAAUAAUAAAGGUGACGAGAAGAAACAACAAGAGGAGCUAGAAAAAGGAAUGAAAGCCUUGUCAACUACUGACACUUCAGAAACCACACCGUCGACUCCGCCCACUGUCCUGCCCAACAAACCUGCAGGCAACACCCCAGAGGGCUCUCCUUCCAAAUCUCCAUCUAAGAAGAAAAAGAAGUUCAAAGCCCCAUGUUUCCUAAAGAAAAGCAAGAAACAGAAAGAAAAAGUCGAAAUUUGAACUUGGUGUUCUUCACCAAUACUUUCACAUACAUGCUUAAAAACAUACCGCAUUGGCAUGGCACUAAACUCUCUGCCAAGAACAUUAAACACACAGACCAACUUAUACACAAACACAUCACAUUCACUCACUGUGUAUCCAUUUCUUGAUCUUUACAUACCAUAUAAGUUUUUGAUUAUGGCUCUGUGAAUUGAAUCGUUUUCAGUCCACUCUCUGACCACACUGAUGCAAAUUUCACGAUGCUUCACUGAUACAUAUUGAACAGGUGAUAUCCACAAUGAUCUGUUUUGACCCCCUUCCUUGCUUUAAAAUGAAAUUGCACUUAGAACAUGUAUAGAAAAAAAGAAUGUGGCAUUGAGUAAGCAUUGAUUGUUCAUGUCUAUUGAUUCUGAUUGUUGCUCAAUCAUCAACAUACACAUGUGUUUAUAUUAUAACAUGUGGCAUAACUGUGUAUUCUAAGUUAUUUUACCUAAAUUUUUAACAUAAACAUCUUUCAUCUCACUUUGUUAUGAAUAGCAGGGAUAAAAUGAUUUUACAAUGUACCAGUCACUGAAAAUCAAGAUUAUGGUCUUGCGAUGGCUUGCGAGCAAAAAAAAAAAAAAAAGGGGGGGGAGAAAAAAAGAGCCAAAAUAAGCAAGAUCGUGGCUUGUUGCUGCAAAUAAAACCCAACUUUAAGUGCACGGAUUGAUUCCACUUAUUUUUAUUUAUGAUCUUUAUUUUGUAUGUAUGCUGGAGACUUUGUAUGUAUGCAGUUGUAAUUAUUUUUAUGAUCAGUCACUGUUAUUUAAAUGCUUUUGUGUGUAUAUUAGCAGGUUUAUAAACUUGAUUCCAUGUCUAAUAUUAGAAUGUAAAAUGCUAGGAUCGGAUGUACUAUUCAUUAAAG